GCCGGAAGGCCUCGGUAUCGUCGAGCAGCACCCGGCCAAGGUCUACACGAUGACGGAGAAGCGACAUGUUCGCCAGGUCGAGUCUAAAGCGGAGUUCUCGGACAAGCCGAAUGGCAAGAGGACGGUCUACCGAGAAAAUGGUCUGCGUGCAAGCGAUCAACCAGCCUUAGAGGUCGAUGUCACCACCGAGAUGGCGCGAAAGGCGCGAGUCGGCGACUUGCACGGCCAACGAAAUGGGAUUGACUGCCGAGUUCUAGGUGACAAGUGCUUUCGCUUUCCGGAGUACGAGCCAAGCUUUUACAAGGCCGGAGGGUUAAUCGCCGGGAGCACCUUUCACCGUGGCAUGUGCAAAAAGACCCAGCCGCGAAACAGCAGCAGUGUCGUUGUUGUCAUGGAGUCGACAGGGUCCCGACCUCCCAUCAAAUCCUACCAGCAGAAGCAGCUGGAGCUUCAGGUGCAGGAAGCACAGGCUGAAGUGGUGGCUUUGACUAAAUCUUGGGAGAACGAGACCUUGAAGGAUUGUGACAAUUCGUACUUGGAGCCGCUGGAUUCAGAUGACGAGCAGGAUGCGACGGGCGAGCCUGCACCGAAGGAUGAAACAACAAAGGGCGACGCUGGGAAGAAGGGAAGUCCAAGAGUCGCCAUCCUGAAGCUGUGCAUGGUAAUCAAAACGAUGAAGAUGAGCAUGUCUCACGGCCUGCUGUUGGUCCUGGUAGCGGGUGCCCAAGCAGACUGGGCGUCGACGACGGUUGCCAACCGAACGGCAGGGCAGACGCUGGAAGAAGCGGUCAAGAAGCGAUUAGAAGCUCAAUCCCACACCAUCGAGCAUUUCCACAUGGAAGACAUUCAUUCCUUCUACUGGUGGGACUCGAAGAUUGAGGAAGACCAGGAAGUUCGUGCGACCAUAGACUCCGAGGUUCCGUUUGCCACUCUCAUGGAAGCGAUAGCUGCAGAGCACCCAUACGACUUGCCCAUGAUUGUCUCAAGCGCGCUCCCACCUGAGGGUGAGGCAGCGGCUGCAGAUGCGCCAGCAGUUGAGCUGAAGUAUGUCAUGGGGAUGGCGCUGGUGAAUGGAACCACUGCAGAAAUUGCCCAAGGGCUGGCGAAGUCAAUUGUCGAGGUGAAAUAUGCCGCGUGUGCACAGGUGGAGAAACAUGGAGACUCUGGCAACGACUUCUACAUUACCUUGAAGACACUCAGUGCCAGCAAGGAACAAGUUGUGGUGGACUUCGGCGGCUUGGAGUUUGAGUGGAUGCCCAUCAGGGCGAACAAGGCGUACGAAAAGUGGCUUGAGGACAACGUGAUAAUUCGGUCACAUGCCGGAGAGCUGUAG